CCGUUCGGUCGUUCGUUCGUUGUCAAAAUUCUGUCAGUCGACGUCCAAACAGCCAAGGUGUUGGUGCGGACCGGGAUCACGUUGAAAUUGAUGUUCAUUUAGUGUGUUACCCCCAAAGGCCAUUACUAAGGACAACAGUCAAAAGUGGUUCAAACAAACCGUGAUCUAGCCCCAAAUCAUCAUCGAGUGUACCCGUGAGAUGCAGGCAUUGCCGCUGAAGUGCAUUCAUUGAAAGUGAAUUGUUGCCGACACAAAAAGAAACACGUGAUUGAAAGAAACUAGUUCACGACGGUCCAAAAGACGACCACUUCUCCAUCUACAACCACCACGACCACUACUCCGCCAAUUUCCCGAGGCUCAAAACGGAGAGGAGAAGAAACGAGGCCGUUGGUGAAGGUCGAAGGUUUUGCCCCCUUGGAGAAGAUAGAAUCGAUUAUGUCCAUCGCGUAGAAGUAGAUACGGUUUGACCCAAGUGCUCCAAAUUCUAUCCCUGUAUUGGACUUGGUCGAAAAUUGAAGCAACUCUGACAACAAGGUGUGUCACCGUGAUUGAUCUGGCCCAAUCUCUGAAGAAAAGGUCGUUCCGUCCAUUGAUGUUUCCCAUAUUUUGGCAUCCGUCGCUCUCCGUGCUAGUGUGUUUGUGCUUUGAUGGUGGUGAUGCUGGAUGCUAAGAUCGUAAGGACCUACUAAAAGAGGAACUCUCUCUCGUGGUCUUUAAGGUCUCUUUCCUGUCCUAUACGUAUAUACACUCUUUUGGACGCUUCCUUGGCUGCCUUCAGUGUGGGUGAACCUAACUAGAACUCUAGAACUAGGAGGGAAAACAGCCAAACUUCUUCCCAAGACCUUGAGGGUGGUUUGAUUGCACGCACGCCAAAACGGAAAAAAAAGAACCAAAACGCUAAACCGGAUCUGAAUGACCGCAUAAGAAGAUGACAAGAUUCGUGACCGAGUCCAAUGAGGAGAGCUCAAGCUCGGCCUCUUCCCAAGCUCUACAUGUGAUUCGCAAAUCCCCAACGUCUACUACCAGCCGUUGUUUCUCCCACCUCUCCUUACCCGGCACCAAGAUUGCAUUCAGCUCCAAAGUCCGCUCCAAAGAUGAAAGGAAAAAGGUGCUGAAGGUGUCAGUGCGUAAGUUGAAGGACAUCGAUGACCCUGAAGUGUUUCUGCGCCGAUCGGUCCUGAUCAACAACACCACCCGGCGCCUGCAGACGGAGAUUCGUGCCGAGAAAGUAGCCAAACGCGCCGAAUGCGGCCGGAGCUACUCACCUAGUCCUUACUCAUACUUUAGCAUUGAACGCAUCUAUAGGGAAGAUUCCGAACGGGCGUCCCAAAUUGGAACAAAUUCAGAAGAUUUGUGCGCCCAUCGAGCUCAUCCCUGUCUGCAGGUCUCGAGUGACGAGUCCUCCUCCAAUUCCUCAUCGUCCUCGUCCAGCACGUCCUCCAACUCUUCAAGCAGUUCAUCCGAUGAGGAAGAAGAACCCAUGUCCUUGUCCUCGGAUGAGACCGGUGAAGAUGAAGUCCAAUCCGCCUCGGCUAUGAUAAAGCGAGUGAAACAUGACGACGACACCAUCAACGUAGUCGACAACGACAACGACGACGACGACGACGCUACCUCAGACCUUUUGCGUGAGGUCUACAUGCCGCCUCCCAUCCACAUCCAUCCACCUCAAAUGAUCACCUCCCUGGAUGAGGAGGACGAACCCAUGCCAUCCACCUCGACAUCCUCGCCCGCCACAACGCCUUGGUCCAAUGCCACCGAUUGGAAAGAGGAAGAUCUGUGGAAGGAGCUCGCCAAUCCUCCUCAGACGGGAGCGUGGUCCUCAAAUGGUUGGACCACAACCAAUCCCAUCCACAACAACAGCCAUGAUAGCUUGAAAGAGUCAUCCACGUCCUCAGCCUCGUCUCCCCACACAUCCUCCCCGUCCUCCUCUUCCAAUUCCAACUCGAACACAACCACCACCACCAUGUCCUUGUCAGAGCAUUCCUCGGCCACGACCUCGGUUUGGUCGACUCUCGAGUAUUCCUCGACAAACUCACUUAUUCUGUCCCACAAUGCCUCAAAUGCCUUGAUGAACAGUUCAAGUACGGUGGUCCAACCCUACACUCAUUCGCCUAGCUGUGAUGUCCUGGGCGCAUCCUCAGACCAAAAACAGCAGCAACAACAUCCUUACUCGUGUGGUCAGUCAUCCAUGUUCGGAGAGCUCCAAUCUGUGGUAUUCAACAGUCUUAUUGCCUCUUUGGAGUCGUGAUGGAGGGCGGAUAGAUAGAUACAUAGAUACACAGACAGAUAGACAGAUAGAUGAAGGUACCACGUACAGUCGUAUACACAUCAACAACCACGCCAUUUCUCGCCUCAAAAUCUCUCUCCACUGUGAUGUCGGCUCUCAAUGAGGAUGAGGCUCUUAUCAAGGCUAAAGAGUUCUGUCUGCCAUCAAGGGUCGGACUUAUCGCCCAAGCCAGCCAAGCCAGCCAAGCCAGCCAGCCAAACGAGGACUCCCAAAUGGAAGAUCUCCCCUCCCCCGUGCGAAUAUUUUUUCAAAACAUGGAUUAGGAUGGAUUCAGCCAUGUUCUUCCAAUACUGUGGCAUUUCCAAUCGCACGUCCGAUCGUCGGACCAAACGAAUUUUUAUUGUCAAAACCGAUCAUUUUCACUCUUAGAUCAUAUGCCGAUGUGCAUUUGAUUCUCCCUUUAUGGUGGCUGAAAUGUGUCUCAUCAAUACAAUAUGAUAAAUCGCGAUAAA